AUGGGCACGAUACUAAUUGGCACUUUGUACUUUAUAAUAAUAGGAAUUGUGACUUUUAUAAUUGUCGUUGCCAUAUUUAUCACAAAGAUCAAUAGAGGGGAACGAGCUAAGUUUGUUAGUUUGACACUAUUAUUGGUGGGAAUGGCAAUGUUUAGUACCUGGUUGUUGUGGAUCACAAUGUAUAUGUCGCAGAUGUAUCCCAUGAUCGCUCCUAUCAGGAAAGAUCAUGGGACCAAUACAAAUAAAAUUCACGAUGAGGCAUAG